AUGCGUCCGCGACCAGAUAGUGGGCGUACACGGAUCGCUUUACCCCCGUUAGAAGGUGGCAUCAGCAAUACACCAGCAUGUGGACAAUUAAUCACCCCGGUUCCCGUGGGCCUUUCUGCUGAAGCCAAUGCCGUCGUGGGCUCCGAAACAAUCACUAUCCGCGCCCUGGAUUUGCAGAAAAUCGACAGUCUUGAUCUCAUCCACACCUCCGCCAGUCGUUAUGCAACUCCUGAGGUAGGCAAAGCUUUCGACUACUUCCAGGGUGUGGUUACCCAACGAAAGUUCAGGAACGCGUUCCCGCCAAUCUUGCAACAAUGCCUUUGCACUUUGGAGGUGCAAAGGACAUAA